CAGGAUGAUGGUGGCAGAACUGUGACAGAGGCGCUGCUAACUGAAACCUGCGGAGUGACAAAGAGGAACUCCCGAUUUGGUGAGGUUUUUUACAUUAAUUUGAAGUUGAUGGCGAGCCAACUAGCCUGCUAGUUUGCCUGCUGCCUAUCUCCAGUUGCUUGAUUCUGCUUACGGGGCAGUUCAAGAUGGCGAUGAGCUCUAUGCCAAAUUCCUGGAUACAUUUCAAGAUGCUGGUGAGAAAUCAUCCGCGGACCUGCAGGGCCUUCAGGUAAUGUUAAACCUAGCUGUGAAAAGAGGCCGCGUUUCAAAUAAAGCGGUCAACAAACAUCUUCUCACACAGUUUUGCAGGGGAUCUCACUGACCUCCAGUUAAAGCUACUGUUGAAAGAUAUCCAGUUUUACUUGUUAUUUAAAUGUGUCAUGACACACAAUAAAUCUUGUCACUAACAAGUUGCAACACAUUCACAGCUGUACAUUGCCCUUGGGUCAGUUUUUGUUUGAAUUUCCUCUAAAACUAUUUCUGAAAAUGGGCCAAGAAUUGUUAUCUCCACAUAUCGGAAAGGAGCGUUUGCCAAGUGAACUAUGUCUUUCAUUUGCCAGAACAAACUAGAAUAACACAGCUAGAAAGUAGCUUUCUAGUUCUUCUCCCCAUGUGAUGCACUUUAAAGGACAAUAAUGUUUCAAGUUGAACCCAUGCACACUGUGUAGACAUUUCCUGAGGUGGCUGACAUUGUAUGAAUAUGCAUGCAGUAUGUUCAAGCCCAAAGCUUUUUGGGGAAAAUGACUAUUUUCACUUUGUAAUGCUUGAAAAGAACAAAAUCGGGGUAUGGAAGUAGUAAAACUUAUUUUCAAGACUCUAUUGCGAUUGCUGGAGAUGACUGUUAUCAGGGAAACUUUUUACACACAAGAAGACAAAAGGGAAAGCGGAGGGGCUGAGUUCCAUAUCACAUCUGGAGCUGAGGCUCCAAUUACAACGGGUAAAGUGUUGCGCAACAAGAAGAGCGAGGAAGGAAAACAGUUUGCUUGUCUGCUAGAACACUACAGUAGGAGAAGAGAAAUGUCCAAGGCAGAGGAACCAGCAGCAGUCAGCAUGUCUUUUGGUCCAGACAAGUUACCUUCUCGACCAGAAAUCUUUGAUUUCCACGGAGUCUCAAUGACUCACUACUUUACAGACAACUGGGAGAACAUUGAAAACUUUCAGGCCAGGCCGGAUGAUAUACUCAUUGCAACAUACCCCAAAGCAGGAACCACAUGGGUCUCCUACAUCCUUGACCUGCUGCAUUUUGGUCAGACAGAGCGCCAGACAUCCGUCCCAAUAUUUGAUAGAGUGCCUUUCUUGGAGAUCAUCAUCCCAUCUUUAUAUUCAGGAAAAGACCUGGUGGACAACCUCCCCACCUCUCCUCGACUCAUUAAAACUCACUAUCCUGUCCAGUUUGUGCCAAAGUCCUUUUGGGAGCAAAACUGCAGGAUCGUCUACGUGGCCCGCAAUGCCAAAGACAACAUGGUGUCUUAUUUUCACUUUGAUCGCAUGAACACGGUUCAGCCAGAGGCUGGAGACUGGAGCAGCUACAUCCCCAGAUUCAUAGAGGGAAAAGUGGUGUUUGGAUCCUGGUACGACCAUGUGAACGACUGGUGGAAGAAGAAACAGACUUACCCGAAACUCCACUACAUGUUCUACGAAGAUCUGGUCGAGGACACUGGACGGGAAAUAGACAAACUCUGCUGCUUUCUUGGUUUGUCUCGUUCGGACGAGGAGAAGAGAAGAGUUACCGAUGGAGCACAUUUUGAUAACAUGAAAAAGGACGACAUGGCCAACUACUCUACCAACGCAGUUAUGGAUUUCAAAAUUUCUCCUUUCAUGAGAAAAGGGAAAGUUGGUGACUGGAAGAACCACUUCUCUGUGGCCCAGAGUGAAAUGUUUGAUGAAGACUACAAGAAAAAGAUGACUGAUGUCACUCUUCAGUUCCGCACUGAAAUUUGAUAAAGACUGUCUGUGUCUAUGAGGAGAUGAUCUGACUGGAAAUGCAGCAUUCCUGUGAGAAAAUCAAUUUGCCUAGACUGGUAUAGUGGAAGUGUGGAGUUCAUCUUCUUGCUAUUUGUAUCUGAAUUAAGAAUAAGAACUAUAUAUUACGAGCGGUUGGUCUCAUCCAGCAUUUGUAGCUAUACCUACGAAAAAUAAUACAUAUCCCACAGAAAUAUUUUGUAUGAUAUUCACGUAAUCAUAAACAAGGAAGUAUAAGGAUUGCAAAAUGCAAGUCAGAGCAGGCCGGAGGGGAGGUGGACGAGUUUGACCCAGGAAAGAGACUGCUAUUCGUUCCCCAUGUGAAGCUAACUAUGCAUGUGACGAGCGUAAAAUGACACAUUUCGCUGGCUUUAGUAGGAAAAUGCCUGAAAAAUGAGGAGUAACUUGUCUUCAGAUAUACAAGAUGUUGAGGAUACGUUGAUUAUGAAGGAUGACUGAAAUGAAAUGGCUGAUCAUGUCUGAAGGUGAAUAUUUGUUUUAUAAGAGAAUGUGUAAACUAGACAAUGAUGUAAUUACCCAUUAAAAGUUCAUGUGUAAUUAAA